CAAAAGGACUUUGCAAAGAUGGUUACAUCUACAUUUGCACUUUUUUCCGUGCUUGCUCUUGUAACAAAAAGCACACUGUCAACAAACUACUGCCCUCCAUUUCAGAAACAUGUAAAUAAAACGAAAUGUGUUCAAAUAUCUAAUUUAAACAUAUCAAAACUAACGACACAAUUGUUUGUAAAAUUAGAUUGGAAGAACAUAACAUGUAUCAACCUUCAUGAUAACGAAAUACGAUCAAUUCAGAAUGGAUUAUUCUCAAAAUUCAUAAACCUAAAAAUACUUCAAGUAAAAAAUAGUCCUGUGCUAGGAGCAGGAAUACGUGAUGGCUUGGAGGAUAUAUUUAAUUCUACACGACUGACAACGCUUUGUUUGGAAAAUGUAGGCCUCAACACAUCAUUAGUUAAAUAUAUCAUCGAUUUACUUCCUAAAAAUCUGUGGCAUUUAAUCUUUCGGAAUAAUUCUAUCGAAUACUUUUCCGUGGAUUUUAUUAGAAAACUUAAAAUCAGAACAUUGAUUCUGAGUUCUAACAAGAAUUUAAAUUUUUCGAUUGGGUCUAUUCCAAAGACUUAUACCUGGUUAAGGACAUUGGACCUCUCACACACGGGAUUCUUUUCGAAUUCGACACUCUGUCCAAAGAACAAAACUAUUAUGCAGAACUUACGGAAUCUAUCCUUAAAUGGAAAUCUGUUACGGUUAUCUUUCAUUGAUAGAAAAGAAUGCAAUUACAGAAAAUUAAAACACUUAAGUUUGAGCGACUGUCAUUUGGAGGAUGGACUUCACAAUACUAGCUUCUUCAAUUUUCCCAAGCUGGGGUCCCUCAAUCUAAAUGGGUUGAAAAACACCAGUAAAAUACAGCUACCAACAUUUCAGAAGAAUGAACAGCUUAAAGUGUUGAAUCUUAAUAAUAUAUCUUAUAAUUUUCCGCCUUCGGAUGAAAAUACUGCUGCAUUCAAGUACCUCACAGAGUUGACCAAGCUACAAAUGAACCAAUGGAAUCUGAGUCAGUGGAAU